GGCGAUGGAGCCGGUGCUGGGCCCGGAGUUCGAGGAUUCCCUGUUCGCGCCCAGCCGGGAGCGGCGGGAGGGCGGCGGGGACGGGGCUGCGUGCGGAGCCAGGCACUGCGAGCCCGGCUGGUUCCACAGCGGGGCUGACGCCGGGGAAGGCGCCGGCGGGAUCACGAGCAGCAAGUUCCGGGCGGACUGGGCGUUCCGGCAGCGGGACUUCGAGAAAGCCCUGUGUGAGUACUCGCGCUGCCUGCUGCUCUUACCUGCCAGCAACAUUGCAAUGAGGCGCGAUGUCCAGGAGGGCCAGGCUCGCUGCUUAUCUCGCCUGGGGAGGCACAAGGAGGCUCUGGAUAUUGCAGAAAAAAUGAGAAACAGCGCCACUAACACAGAUCACUUAACCACGGUUCUCAACCUGCAGCUUUCCAUUUACCAGCGGAUGGAAAACGUAGAAAAAAAGAUGAUGUGUCUGCAGCAACUGAUCUGCUUACAUCCUUUCAAUCCCUGCUUCUGGAAGUUACUUGCUGAAGUUUAUAUGAGCCUUCUACAGAAUUUGUCUCCAUUGGUCAUUCCAGAAGCAAGCCUAAAUCAGUCUGAGGAGGUUUGUGUAAGUAAUGGCAGUUCCCAGACAUGGACUGGCAGAGAGAUCAAUCUGCAGCCUCACAGAUCAGAGGGCCAGCAGGAAGGCCCUUGGCUCAGCCCUGCUCCAGAAACAAAGGGGGAGAAUGCAGUGACUUGUCCCAGCAGCCAAGCAGUGAAAGAAUUCCUCUGCACUUCAGGAGAACUGGAAUGGACAGACAGAGAGAAAUGUGCAGGCUCCAAGGCCUGGAAGCAGAGCAUGUUAAAGAAAGUUGGGAUAAAAGCAUGUGCCUCGUUUAUCAGAGCAAGGCUUUUACUUCAGCUUACCCAGUCACAGCAGCUGUCCUUUGUGCUAGAAAAUAACAGAAAAUGCCAGAAAGAAAUUGAUGACAAAGUGGCUCUCCUUGGUUUCGAUGAAAACUCCUUGCUGUUGAUGACCAAAGCUAUGGGACAGGAUCUUAUACCAGAAAAACUAAAAGAGGAGUUUCAGGGUGAGGUAAAAUGCAUAGGCGCUUCAGCACUGUCAUCACUGGUAACUGCUUCAGUCAUGGAAUUUGAAAUCAAAUGGUUUGCUAAUCUCCAAGAUGACUUAUGUCACUUUGAUGGACAAUUUUAUUCAGACAUUUAUCUCCCACCUUUGGUAACAUAGACAUUUUCUUGUAUUUAUUCUUGUAUCUCCAAAUUAUUAUGGCAUGAUACAUGCAAUAAAGUUCAUUUUACAUUUUUAAAGAAUUCUUACCAUAUUUCUUUUUAGAUAUAGAUCCCUGUAUUUAAACUCUUAACCUUGCAUCCUUUUCUUUGUUUACUGAUUUAUUUGUAUUUAAAAUUAUAAGGAAUACAGUGUAAAAUCAAGAUUUCAGAGGUAGCUUUCUAUCAUAAUCCUCACCAGUUUGUGGUUGAAGUAUAUGUGAUUGUCUGGAGGCCUGCAGUGCUGGUGAGAUGGAAGCUUCCUUUCUGAUGUCCAACUGGAAAGUUUCUUGGUAUCAAAUUUGAUGUUGUUGCAUUUAGAGCCAUGGAAUCAGCCAUUUUCUUAAGUAAUUAUUUUAGUAUUU